AUGAAGGAGCAAGAAUGCCAGCUCAACUCUUUUCGACGGGCACUCAACCGAAACCAACUUGACAAAUACCUACACAGCUUGCCUCGUGAUCUAGAUGAAACCUACGAACGCAUGCUUUUUGACAUCGAUGAAACAUAUGUUGAGGAUGUACGACGUAUAUUGACCGUCCUUAGUUUCGCUAUCCGACCCCUCACUGUUAGUGAGUUGAUCGACGCUCAUGCAAUGGAACUUGGUGAAUCUCCGUAUCUCGAUCGUGAUGGCAGAUCCUAUGAGCAAGAUGAUCUUGUUUAUAUCUGCCUUGGACUUAUAGAGAUAGUGGAAACCGACAAUGAUGAUGGACAAACGAUCUCGACUGCUCGCAUCGCUCAUUUCUCCGUCCAAGAGUAUCUUCAAUCAGAUCGUAUCCGACGGCAGAAAGCGGAAGGAUUUGCUAUUGAUAUUGGAUCUGCAAACACAGAACUGGCGCAAAUCUGCCUGGCCUAUCUUUUACAUCCAACGCUUUCUGGGGGCAUCUUGGAUAAGGUGAAGCUUCGGGAUUUCCCACUUGCUCAGUUCGCUGCCAUACAUUGGUAUCACUAUUAUCAACUAUCCCAAGAGGGGAAGUUGAAAGCUGAGAAGCUCCUGUUGAGAAUUUUCCAGAACGAGACAAAUUCCUUCGUGACCUGGGCUAGGUUACAUGCGAUUGAUCUUCCAUGGAAAAGAGAUGUCAGCUUUGAGAGACGCGUGGAUGAAAUUUCUUCGCCUAUACAUAUCGAAUCCAGUCAAGCAUCCCUUCUUUCGUCACGAAAUGUUGUCCACCUUUGUCUAUGA